CUUGUGAUCGGCUGCUGAGUGAAUGUGACGUGAAUGAGGCCGAGCUCCGAGUCCUUCUCCCGCGCUUCAGCCGUGGCUCAUGAGAAGCCGCUCGUCCGUUUUCAGCGCCUCCGUAGACGUAAUGAAGCUGUCGCUGCGUCGGGUCCCGUCGGCGCCGCUGGUACAAAGUGUUCUGCAUCGGCAUCGGCCCGUUACUGUGGGCUGUUGUGCUGCAGGCUGAUGUGAGGCGCUGCCUCCUUGUUUUGCAGCAGGCUUUGACUCUGCUCUUCUCAUCAGGUAACGCUGGGCUCAGAACCGACGGCUCAGAACCGACGGCUCAGAACCGACGGCUCAGAACCGACGUCUGACUGCUCGUUUCCUGCAGAGACAGAAGUUUGAUUGUUUAUUGUAUGUGGUGGGAGAUCAGUGUGGAGCAGUAGAAACCUGCUGUAAAGGGAAGAUUACAGGGUUUUACUUGUGAUUUGAAUGUCAGACUUGAAUCCAUUGUUUUCUGCCUGAUGAAGCGGUUCCUCACCCUGAGCAGUGCUUUGAACGGCAGCUUCACGUUUGAUGGCGUCAUCGCUGUCUUCAUCUCAUCAGCUGUUUCUGUGAAGGCUCAUAGCUGUUCAUAUUCAUGUUUGUGCCGUGAGUUCAGCUCUGCUGCGACCGAGUCCGUCGCCUGAAAGACCUCGACGCACUGCAACGCAGAGACGCUAGAAUGUGAUCGGAACGGUUUUAUUCCCAAGUUUACGAGUUUUCAUUCUGACAGAGAGUUUGUCAGGAUUGAGACGCCGUUAAAUCCUCCAUCCUGUUCCUCGCUGUAGAGAAUCUAAUCGCACAAAGCGCUGAAAUAAAAAAGAGUGAUGAGCUUUUGCACCGCGUUUCCUGAGGCACAUUGAACCGAGUGAUGAUAUGAUUCAUCAGACCAUGGAGCUACUGUAUUUUCAUUGCGGUCAUGCUCAGGUUAAAAGCGCUGACGAUGCAGUGUUUGGGGUUGUGGGUUCCUUCAGUUGUGGGUGAAUUGUGUGAUCCUCUCUGCUCUGUGACGUGAUGGAUGUGAGCUGCAGGAACCUGACGGCUUGAUCACAACGUGCAGACGUGUUUUGACCCAGCGUUGAAGCGCCGCGAGCAGCUCAGCGACAGGUUGCUCCCGUGAUUAAAUGCCUCAGUCAGUGCCGCCAACAUCACAUCACUGCAGACACAGCAUCAGGCCACGGCCGGCAGGAGCUGAAGGCGGCGUUGGCGCCCGUGAAGCUGAGCUGCUCCAUUUCACGUUGGAAACUCGUACAGGAAUGAUCUGUGCGCAGCGUCAGACAGGAAACGGGUCAGAACUGUGCGGUCUGAGGUCCAUCGGCCACGGAGGAGACGAGAGGCGCCGUCGUCUUCUGAGCGAAGGCUGCUUUAAUGUAAUUAGCUUGUUCGUCUGAGACCCUGAUCAGUUUAAUCAGGCGUAACGAUGCUGGCGGCUGUAAACAGUGGUGCUUCACCGUCCUCGAGGCUCCAGGACCGGCUUCCUGCCCUUCACUUUUAUUCACUGGGCACACUUAUUAUGGGAUGCGGAGGUCCGCGUGCCCACGGACCCUGAAACUCCUUAUUUAACCUGUGUUUUGAGCGAUAUCAGUGUAAAUGUAUGUAAAUGCAGCCUGUGCAUAAUGAACGACGCUGAGGCUUAUGAUAAUCAUGAAAAUAUGAAAAAUUAGACUUUAAUAUGCAGCAAAACGGGCUGAAACGCAUCGACUCUAGCCUUGUUAGAAUGGGUCCGUUUCUGACUGAAUCUGAGCGGAGUUGUUUUAGCUGCUCGUGUCUCCAACGUAUGAGGCUGAAGUGAAUUCUUUAGUUUCAACUCCAAGCGUCUGAGCAGCUUCUCCUCAAAGUGAGCAGACAAAUCCAAUCACAGAGGAGGAAGUCGUAUCCACAACGUGCUGCUGCGCUCCUCCUCUGCCCUCGGGCUGCAAUUCAUUCAAUAAUCAAUGGGCUCAGUCACAUUUGCACAUACAGUAGACGCCACUCACGCUCUCUACACUCACCUCUGGUUAUUUAGUAAAUGAGCUCUGACGGGUUCUGCUGGUGGAGCCCAUGGACGGGUUCAGGCUCCGUGUUGAUGGCGUCGUGACCUCAUGCUGCCGUGUCGCCUCCCAGGGAGAAGAUGCCGUUCCACCAUGUGACGGCAGGCCUGCUCUACAAGGGGAACUACCUGAGCCGCUCGCUGUCGGACAGCGACAGCGACGUGCUGGCCAGCAUCUCCGUGGAGGAGCUCCACGAGAUCCGGGAGGCGUUUAAGGUUCUGGACCGGGACGGAAACGGGUUCAUCUCCAAGCAGGAGCUGGGCAUGGCCAUGCGCUCCCUGGGGUACAUGCCCAGCGAGGUGGAGCUGGCCAUCAUCAUGCAGAGGCUGGACAUGGACGGUGACGGACAGGUCGACUUCGAGGAGUUCAUGACAAUCCUCGGACCCAAACUGCUGUCGUCUGAAACCAGAGAAGGCUUCCUGGGCAGCACAAUCGACACCAUCUUCUGGCAGUUCGACAUGCAGAGAAUCACCCUGGAGGAGCUCAAACACAUCCUGUUCUACGCCUUCCGCGACCACCUGACCAUGAAGGACAUCGAGAACAUCAUCAUCAACGAGGAAGAGAGCCUGAAGGAGACGUCUGGGAACUGCCAGACGGAGUUCGAGGGAGUUCACCCCUCGAAGAAGAAUCGUCAGACGUGCGUGAGGAAGAGCCUGAUCUGCGCCUUCGCCAUGGCCUUCAUCAUCAGCGUCAUGCUCAUCGCAGCCAAUCAGAUGCUGAGGAACGGCAUGGAGUAGGGGGGGGGGGCUGCAUGUGCACGGCAGCGCCUGGAGAACGGACCGCUCAGAACCAAGCAUCACUUUAUAGAAUUGUAUUUUUUUUCUGGAGACGAGGCUCCACCGUGAAGCCAGCACGAGGAGCCACGCGGGUCCUUCCUUUACUCCGACAGGGACACUCAAGGGCUGUUACACACCUGACCCACAGACUCUCUAUCUUGUUGUCUUGUGUUUUACUUGACUGAGUGCAGGAGUUCAGAGUGGGCCGAGGCUCCGGGGCUGCAGGGAAGAACCGCUGCCCUCAAUGAUUCUGGGAAGAGCAUGUUCGAGGCUCCUGGAACUCUGAAGGUGCUGAGAGACGUCACCUUUCAGACUUUCUAUUUUCAGCCACGGCUGCUUGAGCAGGUAUGAAGUCAUCAGCCACCAGCCAAGCAUUCAGGAUGAGACGGUGAGAGGCCCAGGGAACGAACACAUCAGCCGUGAAGGUUCUGGUUCUGGCCGUCCUCCAGCUUCAGGCUGUGGAGCUCCGUUCUGAUAGGGAUUUCAUUCCACUUCCCUCGUUUUCUCCCAGUCUGCCUCAUUGCUUUUUCCUCAGCUCCUGCUUUUCUUCAUUUCCUAAAAUGACUGUGGACAAAACCCUGUGACCUUCAUUCAGCAGAAGGUGGAAAAGCGACGAUGAUGUCGAGAGCAGAGCGUGAAAUGCGUUCGCUGUAAUGCAAUUCAGUUUCCGGUAUAACACGUCUCUGCUCCCGUUUGAUGGUGUUUCCUGCACAAAAAAUUCAUUUGUUGGAAUUUAAAAUAAGAAAUAUUAACAAAUAUGGCAGAAACUGAGCCGUGACCCGUCAGAACCACCAGACAGAUUCAGAUCUAUUUGAUACAUUUUUGCUUUAAUUCCGAACCCUCAGGAUGUGAUAGAAAGCAGUGCUAAACUGCACAAACAUUUGCAUCGGUAGAAGUCUGUCUGGCGCUGAAUGAUCCUGAACGUCGACCUCCUGCUGGCUCUGAACUCCUGCACCGAGCGUCUCCACGCGUCGAGGCCGUCCGCGGCACAGACGCCCUCGUUUCCACGUGCAUGCCAUCGAGUGGCGUCUUGUGUAAAUACGGUGAACGGCCUCCAGGUGUGUACAGUGUGUGUGUGCAUGACUGGUGCUCUGCUCACCGGCUCAGAGGUGCAGGAACAUUAAGGCUCUUUCUGCUUCCUCUCAACCAAAGCCAUAGAAGCCUGCAGAGGUGAACUACACGCAAUAUGGACGCUUUCCUGUCUCCACGUGGAAACACAAGAUCGAACGGGCAUUUUAUUUGGCACGUGUACAUUUGGUUUGCACUGGUUCUGUCAUUCAUUCCAAUAAAACUUUCAGGCGAGGCUGUAGGUUUGUGCAACAGUGCCACCUAGAGGAGAGGCGCGGUCCUACGUCCCCUCACAACGUGUUUGUGUCGCCAGAGAAAUGUGAUUUCACACAAGCAAUGUGCAGCAUUAGACUCAAAACUGCUGAUGACUCUUACAUUGUUCAGCAGUCGCUUGUGACAGGAAGUCGUCUUCAUUCAGAGAUGAAUCCUCUGUGACCACAGAAGGUCACGCUGCUGCUACUCCAGGUUUUAUUUUGGGCCGUUCGUUCACAUCCAGCCACUGUCAGUCAAAACAGGACGUUCGUGUCCUUUUUCUUCCUGUCUUGAUGUUGUUUGGAUGUGAGUUACUGUUACCGUGGUUACGGCUGUCAAGCAAUCAAGCUGCCUCCGCCCUGCAGAACGGUUGCAUGUCUGUCUGUGGAAGUGUUUUAUUCUGGCGGCAUCACAGUGAAUGGAUGGAAAGUUUUCUUAUGUGACUUUGUACAUAGCUAGUAUGACAGCAUAUCUAUUAGACAAGCACAUACUAUACAUACUUUGCAUGUGCAAUAUUUAAACCUUGACUAGAAGAAAUACUUUCAGUUGUUGUAUUUAUUAGAGAAAUGAACUUGUAAAUAUGGAAACCUGUACAAAGGUCAGAGGAUUAAGCAUUGAUGCAAUAAACCGUUUUUUUUUUUUUUUA